AUGUCUCGAACUCUCAUAUACACACUCACACAGGAACUGGACUACGAUAUCGAAGAAGUCUGGUCUAUAUUCUCCAAGUUUGACGACGUCGCCGCAUGGUCACCAAUGGUUGUCCAAUGCACGACAGAUGGUGAAGGGAUCGGUUCAGUCAGGUAUGCGGUAACCGACUCAGGCGCCCGCUUCAAUGAAAAGCUCGAGAUUCUUGAUCAAGAGUCGCAUAUCAUUAGCUACAGCUUCGAGGAGCCUGUGCCGUUCCCAGUGAUCGGCCUGUACGGGAUGCAACAUCUAGAAGCAAUUGAGCCGGGCAAAACGCAUCUCACGUGGACUGCGGAGGCCGAGUCAAUCGAUGAGGAAGUGAAAGAUACGGUUGGCCAACAAACGCAAGGUCUUGUUAAGGCUUCUCUUGCUGGACUUGUGGAAUUGCUUGGAAAACGCCAGGAGGUGGUACAGAAUUAG